UCCCCGAAUGCGUUCGGUGCUCGCCUCUUGGACCUUGCGCCUGCGUAUUACCACUCCUUCUCGUCGCCGCGGCUCGGAUCGGGAAGUGUCAAGCGGGAGCCGGGUUCCCCCGCAUUCGCCGCUGCCGCCGCAGAACCCGGACCCCCUACCCAGGCCCGGGCCCAGUCGCCAUGACGAACGUGUACUCCCUGGAUGGGAUUCUGGUGUUCGGUUUGCUCUUUGUUUGUACUUGUGCCUACUUCAAGAAGGUACCUCGUCUCAAAACCUGGCUGCUGUCAGAGAAGAAAGGAGUUUGGGGUGUGUUUUACAAAGGUAAGGUCAUGUGUGGCCACAGAGGAGAUUGCCGUCUCUCACAGUGUGGUGUGACUUAUUCUCUGCUUUUCCCUGCCAGCUGCUGUGAUUGGAACCAGGCUGCACGCCGCUGUGGCAAUCGCCUGUGUUGUAAUGGCCUUUUACGUCUUGUUUAUAAAAUGAAUUCCAAAGUAGCCACCUCAUCAACUGCCAACCAAGGGGACGAGGGUGAAGAACCUCUCAGAGGCCUGGACGCAGAGUAGGAGAGUUCAGCUAAAACCAUCAAAGUCCCCAGGAUGACACCACAGCAUCUGCCCCUGCCGUUUGUGGGGAGAACUCCUCGUGCUCCAGAGGACUCCGGACCGCCAGCUUCCUUUGAUCUGUGUGCAAAUCUUCCUCAGUAGUGAGCGGAUAACCCGAUAAAUCAUCCCCUCAGCAGCAAGAUUACAUCCCUCCUGCUCACAAACCUGCUCCUGUUUUGUUCUUCAGCACCUCGUCAGGAUCUUUGCAAAGCCGAGGCUUGUUAGGGAAGGACGUAGGCCGUGCUCAGACUCUCGGAAGGAGAGCUCAUUUCCAAGACUGGACUCUUUUUCACUGUUAGAUUCGGAUUUGACAAAUUGGGAAGGGGGUGCUGGGUGGGCGAUAGGAAUUAUGAAAUGCCAAUAAGAUGUUUGUCUUUUGAAUUUAUCUUUCUUAAGCCCAUCUGGGAACAUGAGAGAGAAGCACGGCUGCCCUUGCAGAGAGAGCAGAUGAAGGAGCUGUGCCGCGUGCUGGAGCCUGAGAGUUUUGCCAGGAGAAUCUGCACUUACGUAAAAUGCAGGAACUGUCUGUGAUGAAAACACGAAGCAGACACUUAGAGGAGAAAGCGUUUUCUGUUCACCAGUAUCCCCAAAAGGCGGCUUCACUCAAUUAAAUGGUGUAUGAAAAUUACCUAUUUCCUAAAGGCUUUUCUAUUUUCUAAAUUACUUAGUGCUCAAUACUGUUACUCUGUUUUAAAUGCCACCACUAGGGGGAAGAGAAACUAUUGAAGAAAUAAUUGUUUAAUAUAUUUGCUGUUGAAUAAAUAAAUCUAGUAUGUCAAUUCAUAUACUAGUAAAUUCAUCUAGUAUAAGAAUUUAUUGUGAUGUUGUUAGAUGGGAAUUUUGCCCUGUUAUACAAGAAACAAAAUUAAUGUCUGGGUUUUAAGGCCAAUUUUUAGUUUAUUGUUUUUCUUGGCCCUCUGUUGAUUUCCUUCAUAUUGUAGUGGUCUUUAGCUGUCUCUGGAAAUUGCAUUUACUGUAAGAACAGGAGAAACUCAAAUGAAGGAAGUUGCUGAUACUUCCUGGCAUGUUUGGACAGUUCAUAGAACCCACUAAUAAAACGAGAGGGUUUUCUGAAGUAAAGGAAAACAGCUUUGCAAUUGAGACUGAAGGGCUCUUCCUUGGAAUAUGGCAACUCCUGAGCAAAUCAUUUUAGAUGACUCCACAUUUGAAGGGAAGACUUCUCCACCCUCUUCCUUCUGUCUGCAAAAGGAGCAGCUGCUGGAUUUGUGAUGCUUAUGACUAUUUUUUUAAAAAAGGUCUAAAGUUAAAUUUUAUUAAGAAGCUUAGACAUACAUCUUCCAGUUGAAUUGUCCAAUACAUGGAAACUUGAUUGUGGACAAGGUAGCUGUGGUUGACUCCUGUGUGGCAAUCAAUUUUGUCUGCUUCCCCCAGGAGAAUAAAAGCUGCUAGGAAGUUCAGCUUCUAAAACUAAGCAGUUUAGUGCUUUGAGGGUUUCAGAAGUAUGGAAAGCCAUGAAGUUAACACUACAUGUCUAAUCAUCUCAAGAGCUGUGGCUGUUAUCUCUUCAGGAACUGGUACACAGGGUAAAUUUCAAUGAUUCAUAUGUUUUCCAUUUUUCGUUUUUGAUGAUCUUUGCAUGAGAGAAAGGAUAUCUUAUGGAAGAGGAAGGAAGAGAUAGACCUUGUAGGUGUGGUUUUGGGUCCUGUUGGCCAAAGGGAAUGUCCCUCCCUGGAAACAGGUUCAGCAUGUUUUGCACAUGUUAUUUUGUAGCUUUAAUGACUGACUUGUUUUCUAAUAGGGCUAAUGUUUCUAAGCUUCGUGCUUAGAGCUUCUUCAUGUUUUCAACUAGUUCCAUUUGCAGUUCUGGUUCAGAUCAAUCUUUACAGUCUCCUGAGUGGGUCAUCUUGACCUACACUCUUGAGUUGUUAAAUUUUUGAGAUGUUUUCAUAAAAGAAUGUACCAAAAAGUGCACAAGGUGAAGGUAAUUUAGGGCAAGAAACCAAUACACAGCUUAUUUCAUUUCCUUAUGUAAGCAGAUAAGGAGAAACUUUUUUAAAUCAGUAUUUUGGUUGAUGUGUCUUAAAUAUUUUUGACUAAGAAUUACAGGAGGUUGUUCCUCUGGGGGAGUGUUUUAGGGGUAGAGGUGUGGGAUAGCAAUACUGCUUCAGACUUAAACUGGCAUCGCCAUAAACCCUGUGUACCAGGGUGGGAUGACUUCAGCUCCUUUUUAUAGUUGAAAUACAGUUUUUUAUUGACCAUUGUCUGCACAGAUCCUUGAAAAUAAAAUUUCUUUCCCUAUAA